AUAGUGUUUAUUUUUAUAAUUUUAUUGAGCUACACGAUGACUUCAUACGAGGACUACGAGGUAUGCAAUGACCUCGUGUCGUAUAUAAGCGCAUAUUCUUCCCGCCUAUGCACACUCACCAAGCAUUCGCGAUGGCGGUCAAGCUCCUGCUGCCGUUAGCGUUCCUAAUAACCGAAGUGUCUUGUGGUCAGAACAGCCUGGCCUUCGUCAUAGACCAUACUUACUCUAUGCACAAUGUGAUUACCGAAGUUCAAGGUGCCGCUAAGUCUAUCAUGGAUAUAGUUUUAGAAGCAAAGAAGAGUCAGAUUGAAGAUAUUGUGCUGGUGACGUUUGGUGAUCCAGAAGUAACAUUCAGGAUAAAGACCCGGGAUGAAGCGGUACUGAAGCGGGCAUUGGACACGAUCGAUUUGCAUGGCGGAGGUGACUGUCCGGAGAUGGCUCUGGGUGGCAUUAAGAUGGGGCUAGAAGAGAGUCGACCCGGCUCCUAUAUUUACUUGUUUACUGACGCCUCGGCGAAGGACUACAAAAGAUAUAAAGAGAUAAAGACUUUUAGCCAGGAGAAACAGAGUGAGAUUUUCUUUGUCCUAACUGGAGAUUGCGAUGACAUUUCUCAGCCGACGUUCAAGGUUUACGACGCAUUAGCGUCAGCGAGUAAUGGACAAGUAUUGAGGGUUACAAAAGCAGAAGUUCAACAGUUGCUCGAGUACGUGAAAGAAACCAUUAUGGGAGAGAGGGUAGUGAUUUCAUCUACAAACGUCCCUGCUGGCGCAUGGAAGGAAGUUAAAUUCAAUAUCGAUAAGCAGAUAGAGUACGCAGUAGUAUCAGCGUCUGGAUCUAACGUGUCUCUAAAGAUUUAUGACCCGAAAUCCGACUUAAAAACCGGCACGAAUAUUACAUGGACGCAAAAUGUUAAGAUCACAAAAAUUACAAAUUUAGAGCUCGGCACGUACACAGCGAAAGUGAAAGGAAACUCCCAUGUCAACAUAUUAGUGUUCGGGCGUACGGACUUCACGAUCCAACAUGGCUUCUCCACUGAAGUGGAACCCAACCUGAAUGCUACUGACACACUACCCACCACAGGAGUCGAAACACACUUGAUGAUAUCCGUGCAAGGCAAGACGAACUCGACAGUCAUCCGCGAGGUGGAGCUAGUGGACAUGCGCGACCAGCUCGUCAUGAGGCUGCCGCUGACACACGUGCAUGGAAACGUUUACACGACCGACAAGUUUCUGCCGCCAAAAGACACCUUCAAGAUCGCUAUAGUUGCAACAGAGCAGAGCUCUGGGAGCACAAUAAAACGCUCUGCGAAGACACCGGUGACAUCAAUUGAACCAGUGGCCCCAAAAAUUGCGAAAAUAGAAGACGUCAUAAAGAUAAAAGAAGGCGUAUCGAUCGACAUACAUUGCAGCAUCAUCCAAGGCAAACCUAGGCCUCAAAUAUCGUGGUACAUAAAGGAGGAAGGCGAGACCGCCUUCAAUCCACUGCCAGGCAAGGACGAAGUGUAUCACGUGGCCGCAGCUCUGACCAACGAUCAGUACAAGUGCGUGGCGAAGAAUGUAAAAGCUGAAGAUGAGCAUAUUGUAACUCUUGACGUAAAAACGGCUCCGAAGUUCCAGAAUACACCUCUUAUUAUAUCAAAAAAUAUAGGAGAACCAGUAACUAUAGAGUGCUCGCUUCAAAAAGGUAAGCCACGACCUAGAGUAACCUGGCAAUUCAAGCCUCAAGACACGACUGUAUUUACACCAUUAGAGUAUGAAGGUGAACUGUUGACUAUUGGAACAACACAACUGAGCCAGGCUGGGGACUACAGGUGCAUAGCGACCAAUACUGACGGACGCGAUGAGAAGACGACAACAUUGCUGGUCAAAGCUAACCCCACGUUAGAAAAGCCAACCAUAAGCAUUGAAGAAAACAAAAAGUCAACAAUGGAAAAUUCAAAUAUAACUUUGCGCUGCAGGGUAACCGGAGGUUUCCCCAAACUUACCGUGAAUUGGUUGUACAAGGGGCAGUAUGCAGAUAAAUACACGACGAUUGUCAAAAAUAGCGAAAGCAUUAUUCUUAAAAAUAUUCAACAAAGCGAUGCGGGACAGUACAAGUGCGUGGCAAAGAACGACGUGGGUGAAGCAGAACAAGUAGUAGAACUCGUGGUCAAUGCGGCUCCGAAGUUCCAGGAUACACCUCCUAUUAUAUCAAAAAAUAUAGGAGAACCAGUAUCUAUUGAGUGCUCGCUUCAAAAAGGCAACCCACGACCUAGAGUGACCUGGCAAUUCAACCCUCAAAACACGACUGAAAUUAUGCCAUUAGAGCAUGAAGGCGAACUGUUGACCAUUGGAACAGCACAACUGAGCCAGGCUGGGGACUACAGGUGCUUAGCAACCAAUACUGAGGGACGCGAUGAGAAGACGACAACAUUGCUGGUCAAAGCUAACCCCACGUUAGAAAAACCAACCAUAAGCUUAGAAGAAAACAAAAAGUCAACAAUGGAAAACUCAAAUAUAACUUUGCGCUGCAGGGUAACCGGAGGUUUCCCCAAACUUACCGUGAAUUGGUUGUACAAGGGGCAGUAUGCAGAUAAAUACACGACGAUUGUCAAAAAUAGCGAAAGCAUUAUUCUUAAAAAUAUUCAACAAAGCGAUGCGGGACAGUACAAGUGCGUGGCAAAGAACGACGUGGGUGAAGCAGAACAAGUAGUGAAACUUGUGGUCAAUGCGGUUCCGAAGUUCCAGAAUGCACUGGGACUUAUAUCAAUCAGUGAAGAAGACCUAGCAGUUAUUGAGUGCACGAUUCAGAAAGGAAGUCCGCGGACAAAAGUAACCUGGCAGUUCAAAGCUCAAGACAAGACUGAAUUUAUGCCUUUAGAGUACGAAGGCGAAUUGUUGAUCAUUAGAAAAACGCAACUGAGCCAGGCUGGAGAGUACAGGUGCUUAGCGACCAACACCGAGGGACGUGAUGAGAAGACGACGACAUUGGUGGUCAAAUCGAAAUCUCCGUCUAAAAAUCUAACGAUUAAGCAAACGGCAAUGGAGAAUGCAACUAUAAGCUUGAACUGCAGGGUAGCCAAAGGUUUCCCAGCGUCUAGCGUAAAGUGGUUCUACAAAGGACGGUAUGCAGAUGAAUUUGAAAUGAUUUUCACGCGUAGCGAAAAAGUAAUACUUACAAAUAUUCAACCAAGCGAAGCGGGGCAAUACAAAUGCGUAGUGGAGAAUGGAACGGAUAAAACGGAACAAGUUAUAGAUCUCGUGAUUUACGUGGGUCCAAAGUUCCGGAAAACACCUAACGUUAUAACUAAGUCUGAAGGAGAGCCAGUAAUCAUUGACUGCACGCUUCAGAAAGGCAGCCCACAACCAAAAAUAACCUGGCAGUUCAAGCCUCAAGACACAACUGAAUUUGUGCCUUUAGAGCAUGAAGGAGGAUUAUUGACUAUUGGAACAACGCAACUGAGCCAGGCUGGAGAGUACAGGUGCUUAGCGACCAGUACUGAGGGGUGUGAUGAGAAGACGACAACUUUGGUGGUCAAAGAACUGGACACACUCCGUAGCGGAGCGUGACGUCACCGCCGCAGCCCCGACUCGAUCCUCGGGUCAACAACCCACUCCCGGAAUAUCUAGCAGUCAUUAAGAUAAAUAAAUAAAUAUUAUAGGACAUUAUUACACAAAUUGACUAAGUCCCACAGUAAGCUCAAUAAGGCUUGUAUUGAGGGUACUUAGACAACGAUAUAUAUAAUAUAUAAAUAUUUAUAAAUACUUAAAUACAUAGAAAACACCCAUGACUCAGGAACAAAUAUCCAUGCUCAUCACACGAAUAAAUGCCCUUAC